UCGCCGUGGUGCCGCUGAGGCAGCUAGUGUGAGUGAGAGUAGCAGAGCCCGGCGCGUUGCGACCGGUUGGGAGCGGACGAGCGAGAGGGCAAGCGCCGCAGUCCCUGGCGAGCUCGUGUGCGGAGCGGAGCCCUCCGGCGCCUCAUGUCCAGCUGGGCUUGGAGAACGCUUCCCUUGUGAGGGCGGAUUCCCCCCUACCCCAGCUCACUGGCCCCUAAGAUGGCGAGUGGGAUGAAUGGCCCGGGCGGAGGAGGUGGUAGUACCGCGGCCAGGGGCGCCGAGGCGGAGCUGGGCACCCGGAGCGUUGGAGGAGGGGUCGCACCCUGCCACGGGGCUGGAGUGCCUAGGACUGCUACUACGGCUGAGGAGCAGCAGGAGCUGGGCGAGAGCGGCCCCUACCCGCCCACUCAGCCCCAUCACCUGCUGCUGCUACUGAAAAGAUCGCCCAGCGCCUCCUUGUGCCUGGUGCAGGAGGAGGAGGUGCCCGCUGCUGCGGCUCCCACAGGGCGAGGGGCCCCCUCUGGUGGGCGAGGUGGCCAGCCAGCUCCCUCAGCACGAGGAGCUCCUCUGCCAGCUGCUCCUUCCGUGGCUCCCGUGGGGGAUGACGUGAGGAAAUGUGGCUACCUGAGGAAGCAGAAGCAUGGCCACAAGCGCUACUUUGUGCUGCGGGCCGAGAGCCACCUGGCCCCAGCGAGGCUUGAAUACUAUGACAGUGAGAAGAAGUUCAAGAGCAGCCUGAGGGCAGUGGCAGCUGCUAGUGGGUCUGCAGUCCUCUGCUGCCCCCCUCCCAAACGAGUGAUCCCCCUGUACCAGUGCUUCACAGUCAGCCGGAGGGCAGAUGCCAAGCAUAAGUACAUCAUUGCCCUUUAUACCAAGGAUGAAUACUUUGCCAUAUUGGCUGAGAAUGAGGUGGAGCAGGAGGCCUGGUACCAGGCAAUCAGUGAACUCAUGAACCAGAGCAAGAGGGGGUUCUUAGAACAGGAGGACCAGGCAGAUCAGCAGAUGGAUGAGGAUGAUGAGCAUUAUGGAGCUGCGCUUAGACCAGGCACCAUAUACAAAGAGGUGUGGCAGGUUAAUGUGAAGCCCAAGGGACUGGGGCAGACAAAGAACCUGACUGGGGUAUACAGGUUGUGCCUAUCAAGCAAGGCUAUCUACCUAGUAAAGUUGAAUUCAGAGGUACCUGCUGUCCACUUGCAGCUAAUGAACAUCCGCCGCUGUGGGCACUCGGAGAACUUCUUCUUUAUUGAGGUGGGCAGAUCUGCUUCCAUUGGGCCUGGUGAACUGUGGAUGCAAGUUGAUGAUUCAGUGGUUGCCCAGAAUAUGCAUGAAACCUUCCUAGAGACCAUGAAAGCUCUCAAAGCCUUUACAGAAUUCAGGCCCCGCAGCAAGAGCCAGUCAUCUGGUGGUGGCAGUGGUACCAAUCCUAUCUCCUGUAUCACCACUAGGAGGCAUUUGGGCAACCUGCCUCCUAGCCAGACUGGCUUGCAGAGAAGAUCCAGAACUGAGUGUGUUACUGGGGGAACUCCGCCCACCACCAAGAGUAGCAGUGCAUACCGUUUCAGAACAUCUAGUGAAGGGGAAGGGACAAUGACCAGACCUUUCAGAUCAGUGACUGGGAGUCUGAUUCAUCUGAACACUGCAAGGAUGAACUUGGGCCGGCAAGAAGGGAGUGGAAGGUAUGUCAGAGCAGCUUUCACCUCUUCUUAUCAUACCAGGUCUGCCUCCCUACCAGUGUCUCAUUUCCCUUCCACCACCAGCCCCAUUAGUGUUUCUUCCAGUAGUGGCCAUGGCUCUGCCUCAGACACAUUAACCAGGCCUUCUAGUUCAUCUGUCUGUGGGUCCCCAAGUGAUGGGGGCUUUAUUUCUUCUGAUGAAUAUGGCUCUAGCCCUGGGGAUUUCAGGUACUUUCGUGUCAGAAGUAAUACUCCAGAUUCCUUGGGAAACACACCACCUAUCAGAGAAGAAAAUUGUUUAAGUGAAUAUAUGUCCAUGAAUAAACAGCAAACAGAUGAUAGCUCAAGGGAUGACUAUAUGGAAGCUGAAAAAUGCUUCAGAAAAAGAACUUAUUCUCUGACUAAACCAACUUCUAUAACAGUGCAGCAGAAAACAACACAAACCACGGCUUCUUUAGAUGAAGAUUCUGCAGGAAGGCACAGACAGUUACCUUGUUCGGAAUCACCAAAAUUAAAAGAAAACCAUGAAUCUGACUACUGUGAUGCUGUCCUUGAUUCUGUAUGUAACCAAAGCAGAAGUAAAGCCAAGGAUGAUGGAUACAUGCCAAUGAUGCCAGGAGUUGCGUCUUCACUCACAAGCAACAAUGAUUAUUUGCCAAUGACUCCUAAAAGUGUGUCUGUCCCCAAACAAAUUAGUAAUUCUUGGUCGUCAUCUCAGGUGGACUCCAGAGGAUAUAUGAUGAUGUUUCCCAAGGCUAGUUCUUCACCUGUACGAAGUCCAUUGGCUGGAUUUAUUUCUAAAGGGGGUAAUGAAAAGGUGACAAAUGAGUAUAUGGAUAUGUCACCUGGAAAUUCAGCAGUUCCAAAACAGCCCAGUGAUUCAAAUUGUAUUCAUACCAACACUGUUUCCAAAGGCUUCAGUUCAUAUUUCUCUCUGCCACGAAGCUUUAAGACAUUAUCAGGACAAAAUGAAGAUCAUAAUGAAUAUGUUCCAAUGUCCUCACCUGGAAAACUGUUAUAUGAUGAACAUGAAAAUGUCAAAUGUGUCAACAGUGAACCAUUAGCUAAUGGCAUUUCUAAAUCAUCUACUGUGAAAGUGUCAGAUGAAGGACUUGCACAGAACAGGGCUACCAGGCCUACAAGACUUCCCCUAGGUACAAGAGGAAGUAAUACUAUACCAAGAAUGUACGAUCGAACAGUUCCAUCUCAGCCAGCUAGCCCUGGUGAAUACAUAAAUAUUGAUUUCAGUGAAAAAGCAAGUAAUACACCAUAUUCUUUAUCUGCAGAAGGAUCUCCAUCAUCUCUAGAAUCAAGUAGUGACCACAGACAGUCGCCACUUUCUGAUUACAUGAGUGUUGACCUUGAUGUGCAGUCACCAAAAGUAGCAAAGGAAAUUUCAAUUUAUGCAAGUUCCAGUAUCCCCAGAAACCAGCCAAAUGAUUAUGCUAGACUUUCAUUUGAUACUGCUUGUGUUAGCGGUACAAGUAGUAGAGUUGAUGAUUACACGGAGAUGACUUUCAACAUGGCAGCGACACCACUUAGGCCUUUUACCGCAGAAUCCAGCAAUGGUAUAAAGAUUGAUAGUCCUUCUUCCAUUGUAAAUCGACUGUGCAUUGUUGACAGAUAUUCAGGUAGUGGUAGCUUCUCUGUUCCUAGCUCUGAUCCUCCCAUGGGACCUAAGGUGAUUCGAGCUGACCCACAAGGCAGAAGAAGGCAUAGUUCUGAAACAUUCUCUUCUACUGGGGCUGUAACUACUUCCUCUUCUUUCUUUACUGAUAGUAGCAAAAGACACAGCUCUGCCUCAUUUGACAAUGUUUGGUUGAAACCUGAGGAAAACAUUUCUGAUGGUCCCGAAAGCAAGAUGUCCAGGGAUACCUCAACUGGAUUUCAGAAUGGCUUAAACUACAUAGCUUUGAAUUUACGUGAUGAUUCUAUGAACUGUGAGGCAAGCACUAAUGCAUCAACUUGCCAUCUCCAAAAUGGUACUUCGAAUUUGGACAGUGGAGCUUAUGUAAGCAUAGAUUUCACCAGAUCUGAUGGUUUGAAGUGUAACUCUGCAAGAAAAGGUUGCAGGGCACUGUGUGCAUUACAGAAGAAGUGAGUUUUGAAGAGGGACUUGAAGGAGGAUAAGACUGAUUGCAUUUCCCUGGAAACCAUUGUUAGAAGAGGCGGCUUUUCUACCGGUACCUCCAGAAACUGUGUGGUGCUUUUGGAAGCAGAGCUCAACUCCAGCCAGCUACUUUCACUUCCAGCAGCAGACAUACACACACCAUUGUAAUGAUUUUUGCUUAGACGUCAGCUGUCUACAGUUGAGUUAAUUUGAAUUAAGAUUUUUCAUAGCGGUGUUUUGGUGAUGGAAUUUGUUUUUCCGCAGAAUAUUUGUUUGAGAGGCAUUGGGAAUGCUGCAGAGGGGAUUCCUACAACUUCCUUUUUACUUCUUUCUGCCUCUGCCCCUAAUUUGUUUUUAUUUAUAUUGAGAAGUCAAAGCUAGUAGCUUAUAGUCUAUUUAAUAUGGGUUUUGUUUCUCUGGUACGUUAGCUUAAACAUGUAUUGCUUAGAAAUAUUUUGGCAGGUCAGAUUUUUUUUUUGAGGGGGCUGGGAGAGAACCAUGUAACUGAACCUAAAUCUGUGAUGGACAGACCUCUUUAUUAUAUUUUGCUUUAUAAUAUAGGAGGUAGUUUUUGAUCACAGAGCUUAGUAUUUUUAAUCAUAUGUCAGAGCUUAAACUGAAGUUUGUUGCUCAGAAUUCUGAUAUGUGUAAGGUAAGAUUAAAGGGUUGGUUGUCUUGUUGAUUACAUUUAAAUUAUCCCUACCCAUUUGUUUAUGAACAUGUAUAAAAUAUAAAUUGAGGUUUCCAUUCAUGCACUCAAAUGGGAAAGUGCAGGGUCUUUUAUAACUUUGACUUCUGCUUUACAAUAUUGAUGUGUGCUGUAGCUUUUUAAAGAGAAACCACCCUAGCUGAUCUUACUUUCAUCCAAAACCCUCUUUUAAUUUGGGACCAUUUCUUUUUGCAUAAUGGGAAAGUAAAUACUUGGGUUAUCACUUAAUGCAUUCUGCCUAAAGAAAAAUUGCAAACAAUGACUAUCACAAAUUAAAAAUAAAUUGUAGAAAAUUAGAGCUAGGUGCAUCACUCUUACUGAUUUUGGUUCAAAUCAGUUUAGGCUUUUAACACUGCUAUGACCUUUAAAAGCAUGACACUAGUUGUUGGUACAUACAAUGUAUAAUAAUAAUAAAAGGCACUGAUUUGAUAAGGGGUUUAAAAGUGGUACACAAAUCCUCAUGCUGUACUGCACCACACAGCUGGUAAUCCUCUACAUUGUAUAUUGUACAAGUGUUUUGUAGGGCUGCCUCACAUGACAUACAACCUUUAAAAUACUAGUACAGUUUGUAUAACAAAUUAGAUGCUGUCAGUUUUGAUGUUGAGUGAUGUGUACCUAAAUCUAUUUUUGAGUAGUCUUAAAAUGUACAUGUCACAAAAUUAUAAAGACCUUUCUGUAAACUUAGUAUCAGUUUACAAAAUAACAGGAAAGAAAUACUUGCUGCAGAGUUUAAAAGCACAGAUGUGUUCUUGAAUCUGGAAGAGAAGUUAGUCAGUACAGUUACUAGUUGCUGCUAAACAUACUCUGUUAAUUCAUUUAAAAAUAUUACUUCUCUAGACCAUGAUACUGUCUUGCCAUACAGUUUUUGUUUGGGUGUAGUAAAGUAAUACGGCAAUAUGUAGACAGCCAUUUUAAAGUUUUUUUUUUUCAAAUUAAUUGAAAUUUGGAUGAUCGUUCACAGAACAUCUAAUGGGAAAAGAAAAGGUUGUUUUGAAAAAAUUGAACAUGUUACAUACCUUAUUUACAUAUUAGGUCCUGAGGCUGCCAUUAUACAAUAUACAGCACUGAUUUAAUAAAUGCUGAAUAAAUAACUAAAUGGGUAACCUCAAAUAUAGUGGUACAAAUACUAACAGGUACAGCAUAAUAAAUAUGCAAUCUUUCUGAAUCUUCGUUUACAGCCACUAAUUUAUUCAGUAUUGUGCUGGAAGAACACUUUCAGAAUAUGUAAAACAUAUCACUAUGUAUACUACCUUCCAGCUACCCGUUUAUGCUGCUGUAUAGUACAAAAAUACCAAUGAUGGAACAAUGUUUGUCCUGUACAUUUAAUUUGAUAUUGGACAGUUAUUGUCUGUACAAACUAAAACAUAUAUGGUUGAAACUGUUCAUUAUAUUUGCUAUUUCUGCUUCAGACCUGUUUAAAAGUUGAGCGGAUUGAUCUGGCUUUGUCUUCCAUUGUAAAUAUUGUUACAUUGUUUUCUUUGUAAAACAUAUCGCAUUUGCGGUUUUGGGAGACUGGCUUGAAGCUCUGUAUAGUGUUUAUAUUUAUCUGACUUGGCUUUCCAUAGAGCUACUCGCAGUAAAUGUGUUCAUGUA